UAUAAACUUCUCUAUUUUGAUACGACGCAAUUCUUUAAAGCGACUUACGUCAACUGAAACGACACCGUUUUAGUAUUCUGUUCUUCUGUUCCGGGCAGGCCAAUCGGAUAUUCUCCCUUUCGGCAUCCUGCGAAAAUCGAUAUCUUACAGUAGUGGAAGUGGGUUCUUGUUUUUCACGGUGAGCGUAAUCCUCUAAUGGUGAUUCUUGUGUUCUUCUCCGAGCUUUCCACGAACUGAUGGUCUUCUUCAUGGAGAGCAGACGUAGUAGAAGGUUUUUGAAAUAAAAAUCAGAUUGGAUGAAGGAAAGGGUUUGUUAUUCUAGAAGCUAUUUCCCAUGGUUGAAAACCUGUUUGAUGAAUUUCCUUGAAGAAGAACACCAUGUGGUUACUGAAAUCAAAAUGGAAAAGCUUCACACUGCAAAGUAUCAAUACUCAGAAUCCAAGACGCCUUCCCUUGGCUCUCUUCUCUACGGUGCCACUGGGCCCAUCGCCGGUCCUGCAGGAGCUUUGCAAUGUUGUUUCAAAUGGAGUCGGCAGUUUAGAUGAUUUGGAAGCAAGUCUUGAUCGGCUUGAUGCUUCUUUCACGUCAUCUCUCAUUAGCCAGAUUCUUGACACUUGCAAAAACGAGGCACCCACUAGAAGGCUUCUUAGGUUCUUCUUGUGGUCUUCUAAGAAGUUCAAUUGUAAAUUGGAAGAUGAUGAUUUUAAUUACGCAAUUCAGGUGUUUGCGGAGAAGAAAGACCUCAAGGCAAUUGAUAUUUUGGUUUCAGAUCUCAGUAACGAGGGUAGAGAGAUGAAGGCUCAGACUUUUGGUAUUGUAGCUGAGACAUUGGUCGGUCUGGGGAGAGAAGAUGAUGCUUUGGGUCUUUUCAAGAACCUGGACAAAUUCAAGUGUUCCUAUGAUAGCGUUACAGUUACUGCAAUUGUUAAUGCCCUUUGCUCUAAAGGUCAUGCCAGAAGAGCAGAAGGAGUUGUUAGACACCAUAAGGAUAAGAUUUUGGGGGUAAAGCCUUGCAUUUAUAGGAGUCUUUUCUACGGAUGGUCUGAGCAGAAGAAUGUGAAAGAAGCACGAAGAAUUCUCAAAGAGAUGAAGUCAGUUGGCAUUAUGCCAGAUUUAUUUUGCUAUAACACAUUCCUUAGAUGCCUUUGUGAGCGAAAUCUUAAAUCUAAUCCUUCAGGUCUUGUACCCGAAGCAUUAAAUGUGAUGAUGGAGAUGAGAUCCAAUAGGAUAACCCCAACCUCAAUUAGUUACAACAUAUUGCUCUCCUGUUUAGGUAGGACUAGAAGAGUUAAGGAAUCCUGUCGAAUACUUGACUUGAUGAAGAGGUUGGGUUGUUCUCCUGAUUGGGUCAGCUAUUAUCUUGUUGCAAGAGUACUAUAUUUGACAGGGAGAUUUGGGAAAGGUAACCAGAUAGUAGAUGAAAUGAUUGAAGAGGGAUUGGUUCCGGAUCGGAAGUUUUAUUAUGAUUUAAUUGGUGUUCUCUGUGGGGUUGAGAGGGUGAAUUAUGCUCUUGAGAUGUUCGAGCGAAUGAAGAGAAGCUCAUUGGGUGGUUAUGGACCAGUAUAUGAUGUGCUUAUUCCGAAGCUUUGUAGAUCAGGCGACUUUGGAAAAGGUAGGGAGCUUUGGGAUGAGGCAACCAGGGUGGGUGUUCUGCUGCAUUGCUCGAGUGAAGUGUUGGACCCUUCAAUCACUAAGGUGUUUAAGCCAGCAAGGAAGGAUGAGGAAGUCUGCACCAUGUCCAGAACUCUUGUGCAAGAAGCGAAAGCUGUCAGAAAUGGAAAUAAGAAUAAGAAGAAUAAAAACAAAAAGAAAAGUGCUGCACCAUCUUAACUGGAAAGUCAUAUCUUGUCCAUAGAAGCUCUUUUGGACCAUUAAUUUUCCCCUUUAUAAGACUGCAAAGAAACCUGUGGAUGGCUAUUCAUUAAUGUUGUCAAGAUUGUACUUUAUCUUUGUUGGUUAGUUACUAAGUUAUUAUCAUGGUUUUAUUGUAAACCAGAAGUAGUUCACACAUCAUUGAACAAUUUAAUAUCUGAAUACCCAGUAUGUAUUUGUUAUUCUAUUCUUUCCUGGACUGCUUAUGACUCCUCAUCCUCAUGUACUGUUUGUCCAUCUCUGGGCAUAUUGAUAUAUUGUAAAACAAGAAACAUGGGUUUCUAAGCAGACUGGAUUGCUUUCUGGCUAAUUACACUACUACUUUUUUAGUUUUGAAAUGUAAAAGACCAGGAUAUGACAUUGCCAAUAUUGUUUCGCUCA